CAAAUGUUCAUUCACAGUAACGUCAAGCUAAAACACAUUACACUGGAGGCGAAGCACAUAUUGAACAAGUCAUUUGUUCGUUUCUAAUAAAAAAGUAUUGCAUUUAUUGGAAAACAGUUUUCUUUUAGCAAGAAAAAAGUCGACUAAGUAGAUAAGUUAGUGGCGUUCCUUUGAAAACUGCAUAUAUAGUACUGUCAUUGAAUAGUUAAUCUGCCAAGCAGACACAAAUAGCCAACAUGUCCAAGGUUACUUUUAAGAUUACUUUAACUUCGGAUCCCAAAUUGCCAUUUAAAGUUUUGAGUGUACCCGAAGCUACACCCUUCACAGCGGUCCUGAAAUUCGCCGCUGAGGAAUUCAAAGUUCCUGCUGCCACCAGUGCAAUUAUUACUGACGAUGGUAUUGGUAUUAGCCCUCAACAAACGGCUGGAAAUGUCUUUUUAAAACAUGGCUCAGAGUUACGUCUCAUUCCCAGAGAUCGUGUCGGCCAUUAUUAGGGUUAAGUAAUAGUUUAAAGUAAUAGACAACUAAAUAUUUCAUUCAUUUCAGAAACAACUACCUAUUGUGUUAAUGCUACUUUUUGUUACAAUAUAAAAAGAAAUGACAUUAAAGCUUCUUACCUUUUGCAAA